AUGAAGCUGUUGAUGAGCGAUCAUGAAGUGGAGUUGGUCAACGAUAACAUGCAGGAGUUCCAUGUGAAGUUUCGCGGGCCGAAGGAUACACCUUAUGAGAAAGGAGUAUGGAGAUUACAUGUCGAGCUGCCCGAUAACUACCCUUACAAGUCGCCUAGUAUAGGGUUUGUGAACAAAAUCCUUCAUCCCAAUAUUGACGUUGCAUCUGGAUCCAUUUGUUUAGAUGUUAUAAAUUCAACCUGGUCUCCGCUUUAUGAUUUGAAGAAUAUUGUGGAAUGGAUGAUCCCAGGGCUCUUGAAAGAGCCCAACGGGAGUGAUCCAUUGAACAAUGAGGCAGCUACUUUACAACUGCGCGAUAAGAAACUGUACGAAGAGAAGAUCAAAGAAUAUAUCGACAAGUAUGCAUCGGAUGAGAAGUACGACCAGUUGUUUGGGCACGGGAGUGACGAAUCACAAGAAGAAGAGGAAGAAGAAUUUGACAACUUCGACGAAGAUGAAGAUGAAGACGACGACGAUGAUGACGAUCUUGAUGCUGAGGCUAGUGAUGAAGACGGUUUAGACGAAUCUGAUGGAAUUAGCGAUGAGUUAAGUGACAUAGAGAUGAGUAGCUGA